UUCGCUAAACAACCACCUCCGGCUGACGCGCAGGCGCACUUCCGCAGGCGUAAGGUCAGGCGAAAGACGGGGGCCGCGCAGGCGCAGUUGCGCGCCAGGGUCCCAAGAUGUCGCACCCUAAGUACAAGCCGGCGCGCCUGGCCACUUUGCCCCCUACCCUUGACCCAGCCGAAUAUGACAUAUCUCCGGAAGCCCGGAAGGCGCAAGCCGAGCGGCUGGCCAUAAGAUCCCGGCUUAAAAGGGAGUACCUGCUCCAGUACAACAACCCCAGCCGCCACGGGCUCAUCGAAGAUCCUGCCUUGGCUCGUUGGACCUACGCAAGAACAGCAAAUGUCUAUCCCAAUUUCAGACCCACUCCCAAGAACUCACUCCUAGGAGCUGUGGUUGGAAUUGGGCCCCUCAUCUUCUGGUAUUACGUUUUUAAAACUGACAGAGAUAGAAAAGAAAAACUUAUCAAGGAAGGAAAAUUGGACAGAAAAUACAACAUCUCAUAUUAAGGCUGACAAUGACGACUACCAGUAUAUAUAUUGUUGUUUAAUAAAUCUAUUAAUCAUGAAA